AUGGGUUUCGGCGCACACUCCCACGACGCCGAGUUUCCAGACGACGACUGGAACCUCUAUCAGCACGUAGACUUGGAGACUUCGGUUGCGCUGAACGCCGUCCUCGGUGGCCACAUCUCCUCGAGAUCACAAGUUGCUGCUGUGCUGCGGCCGCAUGAGCAUCGCCUUGCGCGGCAGCCGUGGCUAACCAGCGAUGCCGACGAGGAGUUGCUGCUGGUGCUCAGGUUCACUUCACCAGUGCACAUCCGUAAGAUCCUCGUUAUUGGGGGAGGGGGUGAGGAGGAAUGUAUUAAUGAAGAUGAGCUCGGCGCACACCCAAACCGCCUGCGCUGCUUCGUGAACCGGGAGGAAUUUGACUUCGGCAGCCUCAACGACGUGGCGGCCAUACAGGAGUUCGAUCUGGCCCUGAAUUCUGAGGGCACUGCAGAGCUGUUUACGAAAGUCUCUGCAUUUACCAACGUCACCUCUCUCGCAAUGCACUUCCCCAGCAACCACGGAGGCUUACCCAACACGCUGCUCCGCUACGUAGGUCUCCAAGGCGAACACACCCACUACAAGGUCGGGCCUUGCUUCGAACGGUGUAGAGACUCAGGGUUUAGGGCUUAA